GCUAGCAGUAGUGACACCCAUUUAGUUCAACUAACCUCGAGCCUUUUUUUUCUGCGAAAAAUGGACAGGUAACAUGCAUAUAUUCAAGAACAAUGCAGCUAUUGGAAAGGAUUUUGGGUGUACAUGACAGGACUACAGGGAAGGAAAGGACGGGAAGGUAUCGCCGCUGUUGGAUGUCACAGCCUGACCUUCACCCUACUCGCUCACUCCUCUUCCUGCACCUUGUCGGCCCUCUGUGCGUCCUCCACGGCAGGGAACUGCCCGCCUGCCUACGCCCCGUCAUUGCGGAGUCGGUCAUCCUUGCACUCUUGCCGCCCACGCGUCGUUGUUGCCUAUGUCGUUGUUGUUGUCGUUGCCUCUGCCUCCUGCGGUAGCUACCCACUCAGAUGAUGACGGUUUGGCAAUGGUCUUGUGUACUUGGCAUUGUCUCAGGCAUCAAGCGUCACUUGCACAGCGUGCAACCUCAUUCGAGGGCUUACGCGUGGUGGAUCGACACUGCUGGGCUUGCCGAUGUUGGGACCACAGGACAGCAAGGUAUUUAGUGAAUAUAUUAGUGGUACAGAUCAAUAAGACGCACCUGCAACCCAUAAAUACGCCAUACAGGCCAACAAGAAGGUAUACCACACAACGACGGUGGGGGGAAAAGCGAAGCGCAGUUAUCUGAUCUCUUAUUACAU